AUGCUGCGGAGAACCCUCACACAAGUUAUUCGAAGAAUGUCGUCCGCUGCCAACGUUGAGGCUGCCGUUGCCGCUCCUACCGCCGCUCCCCAGGCCGCCCCCAAGAAGGAAAAAAAGGCCGUCAAGUAUGAGCUCAAGGUGCCCAAGGGAACCAAAGACUGGGCCGAUAAGGACAUGGUUGUUCGAGAGGCCAUUUUCGACACUCUGGCCAAGGUGUUCAAGCGACAUGGCGCCGUGACCAUCGACACCCCCGUCUUUGAGCUGCGAGAGAUUCUGGCCGGAAAGUACGGCGAGGAUUCCAAGCUAAUCUACAACCUGGAGGACCAGGGAGGAGAGCUGACAUCGCUGCGAUACGAUCUGACGGUGCCCUUUGCCCGAUUUGUGGCCCAGAACGGAAUCCAGGCCAUCAAGCGAUACCACAUUGCCAAGGUGUACCGAAGAGAUCAGCCCGCCAUGACCAAGGGCCGAAUGCGAGAGUUCUACCAGUGCGAUUUCGACGUGGCUGGCGUCUACCCCACCAUGAUCCCCGAUGCCGAGUGUCUGGCCAUUGCCGUGGAGGGUCUGACGUCACUCGGAAUCACCAACUUCACCAUCAAGCUCAACCACCGAAAGAUUCUCGACGGAAUCUUCCAGGUCUGCGGAGUCAAGGAGGAGGACGUGCGAAAGGUGUCUUCUGCCGUCGACAAGCUCGACAAGGCACCCUGGGCCGACGUCAAGAAGGAAAUGUGCGUGGAGAAGGGCCAGCCUGAGGAGGUCGCCGACAAGAUUGGCGAGUACGUGCAGCACAAGGGCUCUGUCAAGGACAUGCUCGAGUGGCUGGAGGGAGACGCUGCCCUUAUGGCCAACGAGUCUGCCAAGACUGGUAUCGAGGAGAUGCGAACUGCCCUGCCCUUCAUGGAGUCCUUUGGUAUCACAAACUACCUGUCUUUCGACAUGUCUCUGGCCCGAGGUCUUGAUUACUACACCGGAAUCAUCUACGAGGCUGUGACCGAGGCCUCUGCUCCCCCCACCGAAGAACAGAAGGCUGCCCUCAAGGCUGCUGCUGAGAAGGAUGGCAAGAAGAAGAAGAAGUCCAAGGAUGACGACGACAACUCCGAGAACGUCGGUGUUGGCUCCAUUCUGGCCGGAGGACGAUACGAUAACCUGGUCGGCAUGUUUGCCAACAACUCCAAAAAGGGUAACAUCCCCUGUGUUGGAGUCUCCUUUGGCGUCGAGCGUCUUUUCUCGCUCAUCAAGUCCCGGCCCGGACUCAUGGAGAAGGUCCGACCUGCUGCUACCCAAGUCUACGUCAUGUCCAUGGGAGGAGGACCCGAGUACACGGGAUUCCUCGCCGAGCGAAUGGCCGUCACCCACAAGCUGUGGGAGGCCGGAAUCGAGGCCGAGUACAUGUACAAAACCAAGCCCAAGUACCCCCAGCAGUUCACCGCCGCCGAGAAGGCCGGAUGUCCCUUUGCCGUCAUUCUGGGCCAGGACGAGUAUCCCCAGGGUCUGGUCAAGAUCAAGGAGCUGGGUCUGGGUGAGGAAUCUGACCGAGGAACUGAUGUCAAGAUUGAGGAUCUGGCCCAGAUUCUCAAGGAGAAGAUUGCCAACAAGACCUCUUCUGUUGGUGAGGUCCAGAAGCUUCUCAAGGACUUUACCUUGUAA